AUGUCGGCCUCGCUCGCCCCCGAGUGCAACGAGGUCAAAGAGAAAUAUGACACAUGUUUUCUAAAAUGGUAUUCCGAAAAGUACAUUCGAGGCAACUCAUCCACGGAUGAAUGCGAGCCGCUUUUCAAACAGUACAAGGCCUGCUUGACCAAAGCGCUCAGGGAGAAAGGUGUCGACACGAUGUUGAAUGAGGCUCGAGAGGGUACCGUCGAGACUGACGCUGAACACUUGCGUCGAUGA